AUGUCUGCAGAAGAGAAGCCAUCAGAACUGCCAGCAUCCUCCAUGGCAAAGCAUCAUCAGCUGACGACGAAAGACUUAAUCAUACUAGUAAUUCUCCUGAUUACUUUUAUUUAUAUGACUUUCUACUUGUACUUCUGGCUUGUGCUUGAUAAUUAUUCAGAUGAUUUUAAUUGGUAUUUUACAGUAAAGUUUAAACUGAAAUAUUUACCAUGGUAUACAAUGAUACUGUGCAGAAUAGGGAUUGGGUCUGGGUAUCUUGCAAUUUUAGUGGGUCUAUCAAUAUAUCGUAUUUCUAUGGGACAUGAAGUACAUAUACAUCCAUUCCAUGUAGUGAUGAUAAUCAUCAAUUUUUUGAGUUGCAUUGGCUACACAAUUGCCUUGAAUACUUUCUGGCCAUCUGUGUGGGCAAUGCUGAAACUAUCAUUUCAAAUAGUCGGUCCAUUUAUUCAUGUUGGUCUGAUUGUGAUCUUUACUAUUCUCUCUUGUAUUCUGAUAAGACAGUGGUACAUCUUAGACCGAUUCCGUUUAAAACUGUUAACUUUAGUAGCAUACAUGGCAAUUCUAGUUGGCCUGUAUGUCAUUCCACUGUUUAUUGAAUCUCCAUGUGUUCGACCAGCAGAUAGUUUGCCUUCCAAACCAAGAUUAUUUGCCCACCGAGGUGCGUCAGGGGUUGCACCUGAGAAUACUUUAGUUGCAUUCCAAUUAGCUGCGAACCAAAGUGUCUAUGGAUUUGAGUCAGAUGUACGAAUAAGUUUAGAUGGAAUUCCGUUUAUUUUACAUGACAAAACAUUACGACGGACAACCAAUAUUGAAGAAGUAUAUCCCGACCGAGUGGAUGAUGAUGCUUCUACAUUUACAUUUGAUGAAUUGCGGAAACUCAAUGCUGGAAGCUGGUUUUUAGAGGAAGAUCCAAUGGAUGUUGUUGGAUCUCUUACUGACAAAACAAAGGAAAUCUACAAUAACCAAACCAUUAUGUCUUUGGAAGAAUUGAUUGACUUAGCAAACUUGACAGGGAAGAAUAUUUUUAUAGACGUACAAAUCCCAGUCAAGGAAAAUCCUUAUUACCAUACAGCUUAUAAAAAAGCUGUUGAUGUGAUACUGAACACUGGAAUUCUUCCUAAACAGAUUUGGUGGUUCUCAAAAGUCUAUCAUUCAGCAUAUACCACCAAUUUUACACAAACUGGGACAAGUUAUCUACCAGUUGAAGAUCUCGUAAAAUUGCAUAUCUCUAAUUUCAAUGCUAGGUAUGAUUCACUUAGUGAAGAUGAAAUCCUGUAA